AUGGUCUUUGUUUCACAGCCUGAAUAUCCCUGGGUUAUAUCGCCAUAUCUGCGGUCUAUAAUUGCUGGCGGUCUUGCCGGCAUAAUAACAGACCUCUCUCUCUAUCCACUUGAUACGCUGAAAACCCGUCUCCAAUCCUCUGCUGGCUUUGCUGCCUCUGGGGGGUUCAAUGGUGUCUACCACGGUAUAGGCAGUAUAGCUUUUGGAUCUGUGCCAGGCGCAGCUCUUUUCUUCAUCACUUACGACUCAGUAAAGCGGAAGCUUACUCAACAACAUUCCGGGUGCUACAAUACUGAGGAAAAGCCUUGUAUCCAUGCUAAUAAUGAAACCAACGAGGCGAGCAUACAUAUAGCAGCGGCAAGUCUAGGGGAGAUAGCCGCAUGCGCAGUCAGGGCACCGGCAGAAGCUAUUAAACAGCGGGUACAGAUAGGCCAACAGCCGAGUGCAAAGGCAGCACUAAUGUAUAUUCUGAACCAACGACAUGCACGCGGGUUAUGGCAGGUGCAGAAAGAGCUAUAUCGUGGCUGGUCAAUCAUGAUAACCCGCGAAAUCCCAUUCACCACUAUACAGUUCCCGCUUUGGGAGGUGUUAAAGAAGCACCGACAGUCCCAAAAAAAGCAAGGGCAGAUAUCUGCAAUGGAGGGUGGCUUACUAGGAAGUAUAGCUGGUGCGGUGGCUGCAGGCAUCACAACACCAUUAGAUGUAUUGAAAACACGGAUAACGCUCGCAAGAAGGAAACAGCACAUGUAUUCCAUGUUGUUGGUAAUACUGAAGGAGACUGGGCCACGAGGGUUUUAUGUAGGGAUAGGGCCAAGGGUGAUUUGGAUUGGUAUGGGUGGUGCAGUAUUCUUGGGGUCUUACCAGUGGAUGUGCAAUGCGUUGGGAUGA